CAACAAACACUCACUCCAGUCAGAACUCAGAACAGGGGAAAGCAGAGUGCUGCUGCCUGUUUUCGGGUGGCGUGCUGCUAGAAUCUCGUCUAGCUGACAGUUACUUGAUCAGGUGCUGUUUCUUCACACAUGUGACAUGUCUACGGUCAACAGUACUUAGGAAACCAAGCACAAAAUUUGCAUUGCUGAGCACGCAUUAAGCCAUAUAAUCAUUGUCAACAGUACGAGAGCCUGUAGCAAAUCUCGCACAAAUGAUGGACCAGACUAUAGCUAACCUGAGAUGAAGUCAUCAAUAUUUCGCCAGAUAUAGAAGACGUCAGUAGUAGUAAGGAAGGGGCCCCUAAUCAGGACCUCUUCACAUGGGAAGUAAUAUAACCAGGUAACUGAACAGGAUAGAACUCUGACAGAAGAAUGACAGACUGCAGAGCACCUGGUUGCAGCCAAUAAUGCAAAGACUCUGUGGGCUCCUUGUGCUUUCGCUCUCCUUCCAGCCUUCUCCCUAUAAAUACAAAGCCAAGCCCAAGGAGAACCAUCAGCUAAACACAAAGAUAGUUGCGAAACGAGCAAGUUAUUUUCAACCAACCAAGGAGUUGAAACCACCUGAAGCCAUGUGCAUAGCUGCAUGGAUUUGGCAGGCUCACCCUGUGCACCAGAUCCUCCUGCUGCUCAACAGAGAUGAGUUCCACAGCAGGCCUACAAAGGCAGUAGGAUGGUGGGGAGAAGGCUCAAAGAAGAUUCUUGGAGGCAGGGAUGUGCUUGGUGGAGGAACAUGGAUGGGGUGCACCAAGGAUGGCAGGCUCGCAUUCCUGACCAAUGUGCUUGAGCCAGAUGCCAUGCCUGGCGCACGAACUAGGGGAGACUUGCCCCUCCGGUACCUGCAGAGCAACAAGAGCCCACUUGAAGUUGCAACUGAAGUGGCAGAAGAAGCUGAUGAAUACAAUGGCUUCAACCUCAUACUAGCUGAUCUAACCACAAAUAUUAUGGUCUAUGUGUCAAACCGGCCUAAGGGGCAGCCUGCGACAAUUCAACUUGUAUCACCAGGACUCCAUGUGCUGUCCAAUGCAAGGCUAGAUAGCCCUUGGCAAAAGGCAGUUCGCCUUGGUAAAAACUUCAGGGAACUUCUUAUGAAGCAUGGUGAUGAUGAGGUUGAAGUGAAGGAUAUAGUUGAGAGCCUAAUGACUGACACCACAAAGGCUGACAAAGAUAGACUGCCAAACACUGGUUGUGAUCCCAACUGGGAGCAUGGUCUGAGUUCCAUUUUCAUCGAGGUGCAAACUGACCAAGGGCUCUACGGGACACGAAGCACAGCAGCUUUAUCAGUGAGCUAUGAUGGUGAAGCUAGCUUAUACGAGAAGUACCUCGAGAGUGGUAUAUGGAAGGAUCACACAGUGAAUUACCAGAUAGAGUAGGCAUCGUACACGAAAAAGCUGAGAGCCUCGAAUAAAUAGAGAUGGAACAGAUGCAAUUGCGAAUGCUAUUCUUUCCCUAGUCACCUCCAUGACUAUAUAAAUCCCCAAAUGAUGCCAGUUAAACUAUUUACUUUAAGCAGAUUUGUCAAUCAAAAGGUUGAUUUUAUAUAAGAAAAUAGAGACUUCAUGUCAGAUCAAUUUUCUUGGUCAUGUUUACUUGGCAAGCUAUUUAUGUUGAGUUCUGUUGUACUAAAGGUAAAUUUGCAACAUAACUUAAUUGUAAGACACUAUAUAUGGUGCUGAAAAUAUAGAAUACUUCAACUA